CUUUUCUCACAGAAGAUGAAGCCAGUUGUGCAAAGGCGGCGAUCCACCUCAGCCAUCAGCAAAGCUCUCAGCAAGACGAAAUCCAGCAGGGAAAUUAUUUUCCCCUUGUCCCAUCCUGACAAUGGCUUACCAGCUGGGGCCUUUGGGAAACCAAACGCCACAUUCCUCUUGGAGGAGCGCGUGCAGCUGACGGUGGGCCUGCAGACCCAAGAGCGCCAUUUGUUCCUCUUCAGUGACAGACUGAUUGUGGCCAAGUCAAAGUCUUCCUCCAGCUUGAAAAUGAAGAAGCAAGUACGGCUGAGCGAGGUGUGGAUAGGCUCCUGUCUCAGUGAAGUGUCGGAGAAAAAGAUAAGCCCUGAGAACUCAUUUGUUCUGGGCUGGCCAACCAGCAACUUCAUUGUCACCUACAGCUCGCCUGAAGUGAAGGAAAGAUGGCUGUCAACAUUGCUGUGGCAUAGCAAUGAAAUGAAGCAGAAUGAAUGUCCCAAAAGUUUAUUCAUGCAGAUUCUGUUGAUGGAUGGUGACAAUAGCUCCUCUAACACCACAAUCAGCAUCUCCAACACAGAGACAGCAGACAGCAUCAUCAAGAAGGCAACACAGAACCUGGGGCUGCAGGGCCGACCAAGCGACUAUCACCUCUGGGUCAUACCAGGAAGGGAUGAUCCUGCAUACCCGCUUAUUGGUCACGAGCAUCCCUUCAGCAUUCUUCUUGGCUGCCUCCGAGACUCCCUAGACCACCUCCAGGGAACCAGCAGUAACUUGCAGCUGUCUGAUGAGAAUGAAACUUCCCUCCUGGACCAGCUCCCCAGGGCCAGUCAGUGCCAGUUCAUCCUCAAAGCCAAGCCUCCUGCUCCAGGGCAGCUGCAAAGAGAAACUUUUCAGAAACUGACUAAGAGGAAGAAGUCUUUGAUUGAUUGGGCUCUCCGCCGGAGCAGCAGCACCCCAACGGGCAGCCCAGUGUCGCAGUCCCCAGCCACCCCACGGAAGCUUUUUGGCCUCUCCCUGACAUCGGUUUGUCCUGAUGGGAGCCUUCCCAAGCCAAUCAUGGAUCUCCUGCAGCUCCUCUACCACAAAGGCCCCUCCACAAGGGGCAUCUUCAGGCGCUCAGCAAAUGCCAAAAUAUGGAAGGAGCUGAAAGAGAAACUCAACUCUGGAGACGAAGUGCACAUGGACUGCGAAUCUGUCUUAGUUGCAGCCGCUGUCAUCACGGAUUUUCUGCGAAAUAUACCUGAUAGUGUUCUAUCCUCAGAAAUGCACGAUCUGUGGAUGGGAGCCAUGGAUAAAGGAAGCCGAGCGCACAGGAUUGAAGCAGUCCGAAGUUUAGUGAAUCAGCUCCCAGAAGCUAACCUCAUCCUGCUCAGGCAUCUUUUUGGAGUCCUCCAUCACAUCGAGCAGAAUUCCACGGAGAAUCAGAUGACUGCUUUCAACCUGGCCCUCUGCAUUGCUCCCAACAUGCUGUGGCUCCCCAGCCCCACUGGGCCCGAGGAGGAAAGCAAGUCGACAAAGAAGGUGGCCAUGUUGGUGCAGUUCCUGAUUGAAAACUCCACUGAGGUUUUUGGAGGAGAUGUUGCUUUGCUCUUUCAAAGACCAGAGAAAGAGAAGUCAGGAAGCCUGGAUGACUUACUGGCUCCACCCAAUGAUUCCUCGGACGAGAUGGAAUUUGCUGCUUCCUACCGGGAGCCCUGGAAGCAGCCGCAGCCUCGUGUGCUGGGAAUGGAGGACGGCCGGUUCAGCCCACCUGGGGGGUUCCAGCUCAGCGAGGAGCAAGAAGACUGGGACUUGUUCCGGGAGAUAACCGCCUGCUACCAGAGCAAAGCCCGGAAGAAGGCCAGUGCCGACAGCUACGACCUGCUGGAGGAAGAGGCCUCUUUCUGUUCCGUGGGCUCCAUCUGCUCGCUGGACCCUGCCAGGGACCGCUGCUCCUCCGAGCCCAGCGUCUGCUCGAGCUCUCAGCUCCCCGCCCAGGAGCACGAGCCGGUAGCCCGGCAGUCCAGCUGUGAUGCCACCCUUGUGCACAGCCAGGGGGACUGCAUCCGAAGGCUGCAGCAGCUGCAGCUGGAGAGCCAGAAGCUCCUCCAGGAAGGCCUGAGUCCUCGGCUGAGCAGAGCAAGGCGGAAAUGCUGGUGGCGGCCCCCUGCUCCGAGCGGCAGCUGGGCAAAAGGCCUCACUCUGCAGAAAUCCAGCCUGUCCGUCCGGUCCAGUUUCUCCAGCCUGUCCUCGCCCACCACGUCCCCCUCGGCCUCCUCCCUCAGCUCUUUGGACAGUGCCUUCUCCUACUGCUCUGAAUCGUCUGCCUUCAGCCCCGCGGACGCCUCUCCCCUGCCAUUCCUCUUUGGCACUUCUGCCAGGCUCCAUGCCUUGUCCCCAAAGAGGUCCUCCAAAGAGUGGCAUAAGCCCCUUGAUCCUGGCACUUUGGAGCUGCACGUCGAGGAUGGGGGGCAAAGCCUGGAGAGCAGCAGCAACCGAGGGCAGGGCAGCGGCUUCAUGCCCUUCAGUGCUUUGGAGAGCCUCCACAGUGAAAGCGGCUGGGAAGAAGGCGAGAAGGAGCCGAGAUGGGCAGAGAUUCCCCCUGAGGGCCUUGCUCUGUCAGGCCCCAGGCCUCCGCUCUGUCAUCUGGAGAGCGUUCCUCUGAGGAGCCAGCAAGUGCCGAGAGAGAAGACUGUGAGGCACAUAGAGCUAAAGAGCCCGGAAGCUGUCCCUCACAGCCAAGACGGGCUGAAGCGCACCAAGAUAACCGUCUACAUGGCCCCAAAAGAAAGAAGUCCACGGGCGUCUCCGUUGGGACAAGAAGACCAGGAUGUGACUGCAGGUGCCGGCUCAGAGGGCAGCUGUGACCCGAAUGUUCCCAAGAACGUACACACAGUCAGAGUUCAUAUUCCCCAGACGGUGUUUUAUGGGCAAAACACCCCGUUGGUCCUGCAGUCCACCUCCAGGAGGUACCACCGUGAGUCAGUGAGCCAAGUGAUGAUCCCUCCAAGUGCCCCUCUUGUGGAGCAGCCGGUCCAGCAGGCCGCAGCCCCCCAACCCAGCAGCAGCAGCUUCAGCCACACCUUCCGCAUCCUCCUCCCGGCUUCCAUCCGCAACACCGUCCAGGAGUACUUCAGCCACGACAGUCCCAAGAGCUGCUGCUCCGUGGCUGCAGAGGCUGUGGAGAGUGAACUUCUCCGGAGCAGGGCCGAGUGGCUGAGGAACCCGCCCUGUGCUGGCCCAGCAGCCAAGGAGCAGAAGGACUUGAGGCUGGCAGAAGAGACGUUUGUCUAGGAGCACCACGCC